AUGAUGAUGAAGAUGAACCGUGUGAUGUGUGUGUUGGCCGUUGUGCUGUGCUGCACCUGCGGGUAUACCAUGGCUGCUGCUGCUGAAGUGGCACCGAAGCCGAAUGAUAUUGAGGGCUUGUAUUCCCCGUGGGAUGGAGAACCUAUUAGUUCAAUCAUGGAGUGUACGAAUGGGCACAAAGAAAACAGAAAUAUGGAUUGCACAGAGUUUUUAAAUGAUAGAACGAAAUGGCAAAGUGAACGUUCACAGCGUGUUAAGCAACAAACAUCCUCUAGAGUAACUGAGACCCGUGAUGCACUGGGUACACUUCAACGACCUUCUGCAGGUUCAGAUGGACAUGCAGCAGGUGAAGGAGAAACUACAACAGGCAUCAAUGGUGAUCAAAGAAGUAAUUCUCAUGAGAACGGGAGAGAGAAUACGGUACUGUCCGCUGAGGAACUAAAAACUGGUAAACUUUCCAUACAACCAGGUCAGUCAGAAAAUCAGUCUCCUUCAAGUGCUAUUGGUAACAAGGAAGAAAUUACUGUUCUCUCUCCGCACUCUAAUAAUGGACAAAGUGGCAGCGGAGGUCCACAUGAUCAAGAAACCGGACACCAAGACAACAGAGUAUCUCAGGUGGAGGAAGACGGCAAAACAAAAACACCUCCUAUUAUCGACGACCCUGCAGGAAGUAAAUCUGAAACAGGAACGAGUUCUAAUACAACACAAGUUCCAAACCAGGAACCCAUUCCACCUACAAAUGAUACGGAAGAAGCAUCCCAUAUGAAAGCUGGUAAAAGCACAAAUGACAACGGUAAUCCUACAGAGCAUUCUCUUGUAGCUUCAGAUACGACUGCUACAGGAGGUUCAAAAGCGAAUGGCAAUGCUGAUUCGCCGAACAUCACCAACAUUAACAGUGAACCGCCAACCACAACGCCAUCUCCUCUAACAGAUGUAGAGAUCAGCACCAUCGCUUCCACUGUACAGAGGAAAAAGGCUAAUGCUGACAGCAGUGUCAGUCCUGUGUGGAUGCGUACUACAGCACCGCUGUUGAUUAUGGUUGUGUUGUUCUCCGUUGCCGUGUACUGA